UCUAAUAACUUCAACUUCUCAAUUGCCUCAAUAUCCAUCUCACGGCGCAGAUACGGUAAAGAUGCCGAGCUUUACCUUCACAUGACCAAUUCGUGGGUAAUCAGCAUCUACUUUUAGCUCCUCUGCUUCCAUGCAAGGCGCCUCGCUAUUCAGCCUCACUGUCACAUCCCUGCCCACCAGUCAGCUUCUUAUAUAUGUACAUUCCCAUGCCAUUCAAUUGGCCCAGAAGUACUCGUAUAUCAAUCCAGACCUGUACGAUAUCUCUUUUGACCUGACCUGAUCCUUGUCCGCCAUGUUUGCCGCCUAGUCGUCUCCAAUAUCUGUCCUUGUUAUCGGUUACACCCAUCUGCUCCGUAUACUAUUUCGUCCCUACCUAUAUAUACGAGAGCCUACUCCGCACUACAUCACCCUGUUCAUCAUCCAUACCAUCUCCCCCCCUCGACAGCACCAAAACCAACAGUCACCAUGGUCAAAUUCUCUCAGCUCCCCUAUGAACUCCGUGAAAAGAUAUGGCUGGAUACCAUAGAGCCUCGCCUCGUCGGUCUCAUUCCCUGUCUAGUCAGCAAAGGCCGAUGGAGUUUGAAAAGCACAGCUCGUCCUCCCGUGGCCCUGCGAGUCAACGCAGAGUCUCGCCGUAUCGUGAGCAAAUACUACAAAAUCCUGGAAACUCACAGCGUUGAAAAUCACAAGACCACCAUCUACUCUGGGGAAUUUGUUGCUCUGGAUGUAUCGCCGCACAUCUUGUUCAACUUUGACAUCGAUACUCUUCACUUUGCCGACACGGCUCCUCCCGAUAAACCUCUGCCAGAUGUCGAGGCGAGGAUAAAGCCGAAAAUUCCCACCAAUGCCCUGGAUCUUCUUAUCCUCAAAGAGUCCUUGGACGCGUUUCAAGGGCCUGGGUUUAGGCUAAUGCUCAACGCAUAUGAACGCCUCCAGGACUGGCCCUAUCUCCUCGAGGCAAAGGACGUCAGCCAUGAUUCCAUUCGCAGCGGAGAUCCGACGCUGCUCAACUGGACUCACAUCCAUUACGUGCGCCUUGACUUUAACAUCUUUCUGUCGGAUCUCGCCAUCUGGUGGGGGUUCAUGCAUCCGUUUGUUCUGUGGAUGCAGCAGGCCGUAACGCAUGUCGAGGCCCCUGACGACCCAAUAAGGAGCUACGACCUCGUCAUGGUCAACGGCCGAGGCGACAAGCGGAAGCUGCAGAAAACAUUCCGCCUCGCACUCCGUCCAGAGAAGGAGGCCGAUGCAGCAUAUCAAUCCCUGUCUCCUAUUGAGCAGCUGGAGCAAUACGGUGCAGUAGUCUUCGAGGAGGUACUGCCUACGCCCGAAGGCAAGGCCAUUCUCUUCGAAGUUGUCGAUCCUCUCAUUGGAGGCGAGGCCAUUGCCAAGUGGAAGCAGUUCUCUAUAGAUCAGAGGGCUAGGAGAUCGCCUCAUCUCACUGUUCUCCCGAGAACGACAGAUUUUGGGGCAGACAUGGCAGUGUUGUGGUACAUGGCCAAAGGGAGACGGGGACUGGCUCACGGUGAGAUGUCUCCUGUCCAUGGUCUGUGCCUUGCAGAUUAUGGAAGAGAUGGUGGCUUCCGCGGCAAGAUUUGACAUAUUUUUUCCUUUUCUCAUUUACCGCUGUUAUGGCAGGUUUUGGACAAAUUUGGGAAUGCAAGGAGCGGGUUAUAUGGUUUACAUGUAAGGUUGAAGAUGAGCUGAGGCUCUCUCAACUCUUCGUUUUAAUGACUGUUAUGAUACGAACGCGAAUGAAAAACUAUCUAGAUAAUUGAAUAUUCUCUGGGCA